AUGGCUCCCAAUCAAUACAAAUUCAAUGUGCAGAUGGGCUGCGGUGGCUGCUGCAGCGUCUUAGAAGAUGCGCUCAAGGGUGUCGAUGGAAUCGAGUCCUUCGAUGUCAGCCUGGAGCACAAGAUUGUCCUUGUCAAUGCACAGUCUACAGUCUCAUACGAACAUAUCCUUGCCAUUCUAAAGGAGACAGGCAAGACUGUCCACAGCGGCGAAGCGAAUGGCCAAGCCCGUGAGGUCUAA